UGCGUAUGCUACAGUGUCGGUGAUAUCUUGACUUGGGACCAGAACCACCACGCUGUCACUUGUGCAUCCUCAGCUCAUUGUUGAAGAGCAACAUAACUUGGCGGAAACCGCGCCCACCAUCCGUGCGACACGGUCGGCAUUGAGUGUCGACUGGAAUCUGGAACAUUCCGCAUUGCGCGUUGUACUUGACGUUGAGCCAACAUGAGUGGGCAGGGCUCCCAAGAUGCGAAGUUCUUCCAGCGGGGAAAGAUUCAGGAAUUCCGCGCAGAACUCCAGGCCGCGGAGAGCAAGGACAAGAAGUUCACGAAGCGCAAGACGGUGCUCAAGAAGAUUGUUGCCAAUAUCACUAUGGGAAAUGAUAUGUCCCCGUUGUUCAGUGAUGUCAUACAAUGUUUAAGCAUCCCAUCACUUGAGAUUAAGAAGAUGGUAUAUCUCUUCUUGGUCUGCUAUGGGCGAUCCAAGGCGGACCAUAUCUCCCGCGUCAUCCCAAGUUUCCUUGAGGAUUGCGAAGACCGGAACCCACUGGUUCGAGCGUUGGCAAUCCGGACCAUGUCGUACAUCCCCACGUCCCUCGUGGUAGAGGAGAUCGCAGACCCACUACGGCAUGCCCUCAAAGACAAGGAUCCGUAUGUGCGGAAGACGGCAGCCAUCUGUGUAGCAAAGCUUUAUACAGCUGAUCCUCGAAAAGCCGAGAGGAGUGGUUUCGUGGAGAUGUUGCGCGACCUUCUACUAGACACCAAUGCGACUGUCGUAGCGAACGCAGUGGCAGCUUUGUCUGAGAUUGGCGACCGUCAGGAUGGCGUCAUAUUCAGACUCAACCUAACUGUUGCCAACAAACUGCUAGCUGCGCUGGGCGAGAGUUCGGAGUGGGGUCAAAUUUAUAUUUUGGACUCAUUACUGCGUUACGUUCCUGAUCGACACGAGGACGCUGAGCUCAUGGCAGAGCGGAUUAUCGUACAAAUGCAACAUGCUAAUUCAGCAGUAGUGCUCACCACGAUUAAAGUCUUGCUCUACCUCAUGAAUUACAUGGAGAACCGACGACUAAUGGACUACAUCUGCAAGAAGAUGGGUCCGCCAUUAGUCACACUACUGUCGUCUGGUCCCGAGGUACAAUAUGUAGCGUUGCGCAAUAUCCUCCUGAUCAUUCAACGAAGACCACAAGUGCUCAAGAAUGACGUCAAGGUCUUCUUCUGCAAGUAUAAUGACCCAAUCUACGUCAAGCUGGCGAAGCUUGAAAUCAUGUACCGUCUUGCUCGCGAUGAGAACGCGCGAGAGGUCCUCGCUGAACUCCAGGAAUAUGCUUCGGAAGUCGACAUCGAUUUCGUGCGGAAGGCCGUCAGAUCGAUUGGCCGUCUAGCAAUCAAAGUGUCGACGGCUGCAGACGACUGCAUCAAGGUCUUGCUGGAGCUGAUCGAGAACAAAGUUACCUACGUCGUGCAAGAAGCCGUCAUAGUGAUCAAGGACGUUUUCCGACGGUACCCGGGCAAGUACGAGGGCAUUAUCCCCGCGCUCUGCGAGAAUCUUGACGCACUGGACGAGCCUGAGUCGAAGGCGGCCAUGAUCUGGAUUGUCGGCCAGUAUGCGAACCGGAUAGACAAUGCCGACGAGCUGAUGGACGACCUCACGUACACGUUCUUGGAUGAGCCUACCGAGGUCCAACUGGCUCUCCUGACCGCCGCCGUGAAGCUCUUCAUUUACAAGGCGCAGUCAGACACCAGCAAAGCACUCGUGCACAAGGUUCUCAAGUGGGCGACCGAAGAAAUCGACAACCCAGACCUGCGCGACCGGGGCUUCAUGUACUGGCGACUGCUCGCAAUCAACCCGGCUGUCGCUGGGGAGAUCGUCCUUGCAGAAAAGCCUGCCAUCACUACUGACGCAGACAGAAUGGACCGCGGGGCGCUGGACCAGCUGCUGUUGCACACCGGCACGCUGGGCAGCAUAUAUCACAAGAACCCAGAGACCUUCAUUCGGGGAGCGACAGGCAAGGCGCUCACGGACAGCCCAGCCCUGAACGCGGCGUCACGACAGGUCCUGGUGCCCGUCUCACGAAAUAACAUGCUGCCCCCAACUGCCAUCCGCAUCCCGGGUCCGGGUCCACGGGACCCUCGCAAGACAGUGCCCCCGCCACCGAUGCCACCAUCGGAUGGGGCACCCGUCCCGUCUGCAGCACCUGUCGCCGAGGCGUCGGAUCUCUUGCUUGACACCAGCCCAUCACAAGAGGGCGGGGACGACGGCGAUGCGGACGGGGACGGGGACGGUGAUGAGGACUACUCGCAGGCACCUGCAUCAGCAGGAGGGGCGGACCCUUACGCGAACUUGGACGGCGCGUUUGGGAAUUACAUGGCGGACGAGCCGCGGCCGCAGCAGAGCGGACCGUUGUUUUGA